AUGAAAGCAGGGAGUAUUUCGUUUCAUAGCGGUCAUUUAAUUCAUGAUCCCGGUGCUAAUAUGACACCUGGACGAAGAGCAGCAAUGAUACAGAUGAUGCCUGAUAAUAUGAUUUUUAAUGGUAAACAAAAUAUUGUAACAAAGAAACAAAUGACUGAAUUAAAAGCAGGUGUUUCUGUUUUUAAUGAUGAUAAUAUUAAUCCUAUAUUAUACAAAAAAUUAAGGUAAAUUAUGAUUGUUUUAAGGGCCCCCUCCCCUCUAAAAUGUUUUUUUUCCCACAACACUCAAUCUUACUGAAAUUUUUAUUCAAUAUGUACCUGACCAUUGAUAGUUCUCAGUAAAAAUUUGAGCUCAUAAUAUUGAGUUUUUCGCAAGUUGUUGUAACAUCAACGGUCAAAAAGUAGGUGUCCGUGUGUCAAAGAUUUUGUUUUCAAUUUUAAUGAUACGGACCUCGGGAUGGUGUCAAAAUGUAGAGAAGGUCUGCCCCUAUAACCUAACAAAGCCGGAUUUUUAAAAAAAAAAUUAAUUUUUUUAGACAGUUUUUUCGAAAAACCUAUUUAAUUUUUUAGAAAACUUGAUUUUUUUGUAAAAAACUACAUUGAAAACAAAAAUUCUGGCUUUGCUAGAUUGUAGCGCUGAGCUUUAGCUUCAUUUUAAAACCUUCCCGAGCUUUCUAGCAUUUAAAAUGGCGGAGAAAUCUCUGACGCACAAUCAGGUAAAACAAAAAAAACAGUUUCGAGAAAAACGCAAAACAAGUUUCUCGUCUGAUUAUCGAGCUUUUUUUGGAAAGUGGUACAGGGAAAAAACUGAGAGCAGCUCGUCGUAGGUUAUCGGCUAUGGCGAAUCGAAUGAGCACAUGUAGAGACAUGUGCGACGUACUUUUUCCCAUAUGUAAGCGUUAUUCCCACGGAAAAACCAUAAAAAAUCAAUCAGUUUUUGACGUAGGGUGCCUCAGAAAAACCGCUGUAAAAUCCUCAAAAACGAUCGUAAACCAAUAAAUCAUAGUGCUUUCGAAAGCAGAUAUAUUUGGCUAUACAACUAUGCAUAAAUGCUCAAAUCGAUUUUUUUUGUCGAAAAAUGCUUUUUUUGAGGAGUGGGGGCCUUUAAUAAAGUAGUUUAAAAUAAGGAUAAAAAGCUCCUAAGAGCCACUGCAGAUAAGCCAUGACUAACCGUGCUCAAUCGACUUUCUCCAAAGUUGAUUUCAAUUACAUACGUCAAAAGUACAAUUAAUAGCAAGUUUUUGGCCGCAAAUUGCAGCUCUACAACCCAUGUAGUUAUUGAGAUAUUCAAGUUUUAAGAAAAGUUGCCAUUUUUUUAUAGUGCAUUAGGAUCAAUCAGCGUUUAAUCUUGAGUGUGUUAUUUUCUAACGGCUUAACUUAGAGACACGAAAAUUUCGGUACAAAUACAACUUGAAAACAGUGCAAGGCCGGACUCCAGAGGUAGUUUUAUUAUCAAGGAAUAGAUGACGCUACCGCUCCUACUUCACCAUUCAUUAUCUCCUGCAUAACCAGCUCAGUAAGGCUCAGCCUUUUAGGGUAGAUACUAGAAGAGUGGAGUGUUAAAACGGCAAAAGAAAAACUUUGGACUUCAAAGAGAAACGCGCGAUAUUGCAUUUUAGUGAAAUUUCGGCAUCGACGGAUAGACUCAAUCCAUAUCAAACCUACCACCAUUCGCAUGGACCUUUGACGUCAGUGAUGAGAACUAUAUCAUAUUAUAAAGCUCAGCAAGCUGAACCGAAGGGUGAAAACCGCGAGUCUCUAGCCUUGUUAGAAAAAAAAUUAUAACCAUUUUAUCCUCGUAGCGGAAAAAUGCAUCCUCGUGAUUUUUCGGCAGCUUUCGCCCAAUUGUGGAUCGUCUGCGGACCACAUUACCUAACGUAGAACGUUGCCAUUUUCGAGCAGUGUCGUAUUUUCUAAGACACUUUUUGACACAAGAUCUUAGAAACUUGGUCAACAUACCAAGAACUUCACUCAAGAAAAGUUACGAAGAAUUAUACGAAAGACGAAGAAAAUGAAAGCUUUCUAAUUUGGUAUUUUUUUCGACUGGAACGUUUUUCUUCUGCUAUUAUUUCCUUAAAAAGUGUCGCAAGACUGAGAACGCAGUUCCUUUGGUACUUUUGAGUGUGCUCUUUCUCGUUGUCUGGAAACAAACUUUUUUAGAGCAGAUGGUGUGCUGGAGAACGAAGCUAUUAAAAUACGUCAAAAAUUGACAGUCCCGCAUAGCCGACAAUGUGCCUAAGCAAGCAACGGAAAACAUGAUCGAAGUUUGGAUUUUGCAGUUAGGUGAAGUAAGAGCAAUCAUUUCUGAUCAAAACCAAACAAAUGCGAUGUGGUUUGAAGGAGUUAUGGGGCUUUUACCGAAAGCACCACUAUGCCCGGAAAUUAAAAAUCAGUGAAAAACAGAGAUGUCGAAAAAUGCUUUUUUUCCAACCCAUGGGUCACCCAUAACCCAGCUAGCCUCUCUGUGGGUGGGUUCCGGUUGGGUUUGAUUUUUUUUCCAACCCAUAGAUCGUAGGGUUGGGUUGAGUAACGCGAACCCACCCAUUGGGUUAAAUCCUACGUUUAUUCACCCUAAACUUGCUUUUAUAUACUGACACAUAUGCAAGUUUAAAUCUAUCUAUGUAAUGUUUGUCCAUAAAUAUGAGAUCGUUGUGUAGAAUAUAAGAUAAAAAGGUAUAUAUUUUUUAUUUUCAUAUGGAUAAAAAGAAAAUGUUUACCAUGGUUAUGAGAUAAAAUAAAAACACGAUUAAUUACUAACAAAGAAUAGAAUACAUAAUAUAUAGAAGUUAGAUUAGUUGCACCAUUAUAUACAUUGACACUAUUAAAUCCACAUAUAGAAAUCAUUACAAGCAAAAGAAUAGAUAAAGACAUUUGUACAAAAACUAAACUACAUGUGAUGUUCAACUUUUUUACGAAACGAGAAAAAUAGAAAAGAGACGAAGACUAGAGAGAGAAAUAAAAGACGAAUUAAGCUAUAUGUAUGUAUGUAUGUUACACUUAAUCACUAGAUCGACCAAUAAAUAUUAAGGUACUGAGGAAUCAUAGACGAACUAGCCAUGGGUAUGGGU